AAAAUGACCGGCCGAGCAAGAGCACGCGGCAGAGCACGUGGUCAGGAGAUCAGUGCACCUGGAGCGAGCCAAGCCAGUCAAGAGCCAGCAGCAGCAGCGGCCCCUCCUAUUUCAGAGGGGGCGGAUCUUGGAGGCAGAGGGAGGCAGAAAGGUGUUCCUGGACCUGCUCCUUCGGAAGUUCUUCAGAUUUCGGCGGGAUUUCAUCUGGUGAAGUUGGGAGAGAGAGGUGGACGCCGACAGGAUUAUCACGAUGAAGGAAUCAACACCAGGCAGGCGAUGGAGCAUGUUAAGGAGUCAAAGACUGGAACAACUGGAAAACCCAUUCAGUUGACUGCAAACUUCUUUCGCAUCAUGUCCUGCCCUCAGUGGGUUCUGUAUCAGUACCACGUGGACUUCAAUCCACCAGUGGAAGCACGGCGUCUCAGGACAGCCCUCCUGUUUCAGCAUGAGCAAACACUGGGCACAACGCGGAGUUUUGAUGGCUCCCUGCUGUUUUUGCCUAAGCGAUUACAUGACAAGGAAACUGUGCUUUGCAGUGAGACCAAGAACGGAGAGAAGAUCCAGAUCACAGUCACUCUGACUAAUGAACUGCCGCCUUCAUCGCCAAUGUGCCUGCAGUUUUACAACAUCAUAUUCAGGAGGGUCCUGAGAAUUCUCAACCUGCAGCAGGUUGGACGCAACUACUACAACUCACAGGAUGCUCUGACCAUCUCCCAGCACAAGCUCACCAUCUGGCCAGGAUACUGCACUGCCAUCCUUGAGUACGAGACGUCCAUCAUGCUAUGUACUGAUGUGAGCCACAAGGUGCUGCGCAGUGAGACGGUCCUUGACUUAAUGGUCAGCCUGAGGCAGCGUUGUGGAAACGAGCGCUACUAUGACAUUUGCACAAAGGAGCUUGUUGGACUCAUCGUCCUCACCAAGUACAACAACAAAACCUACAGGGUUGACGACAUUGCAUGGGAUCAAUCUCCCAGCAACACAUUCACAAGGGGAGACACUCCAAUCUCCUUCAAGGACUACUACCACGGCCAAUAUAACCUGACCAUCACAGACGAGCGGCAGCCGCUGCUGGUCUCAAAAGUGAAGAAAUGGAGUCGAACUGGAGCCCCAGCUCCCGGCCCGGCUCUGCUCCUCCCAGAGUUUUGCUAUCUGACAGGCUUGACUGAUAAGAUGCGAAAUGACAGAAUGAUCAUGAAGGACUUGAGCGACCAAACAAAGCUGAAUCCAGAGCAGAGGGAGCAGCGUCUCAUGAGAUUUGUUGACAACAUCCAGAGGAAUUCUGAUGCACGGGCAGAGAUGCAGAAGUGGGGACUCAGCUUUGAUCAGCAGCUUCUGAAGCUGACCGGCAGGGUGCUCCCAACCGAGAACAUCGUGCAGGGACCGAGAACUUAUGACUACAACCCACGGGAAGCUGACUGGAGCAGACAGAUGCGUGGGCUCCCUGUGAUCAGCGCUCCACCACUCGAAAACUGGCUCCUGCUGCACACUCCUCGGAACAGCAGUGAAGCGCAGUCCCUCAUGCAGACCCUGAAGAAAGUGGCGGGUCCGCUGGGUCUCAACAUUAGGCCGCCUAAAGUGGUUCCUUACGACGAUCACCAGGAGUCUCUACUCAAAGCGCUGCACGUCAACGUUGGACCACAAACCCAAAUGGUGGUGGUGGUGCUGUCCAGCAACAGGAAGGACAAAUAUGACGGCGUGAAGAAGUACCUGUGCGUGGACUGUCCCGUUCCCAGCCAGUGUGUGGUGUCCCGUACCAUCAGCAGACCUCAGGCUCUCAUGACUGUGGCCACCAAGCUUGCUCUGCAGAUGAUUUGCAAGAUGGGAGGAGAGCUCUGGGCUGUGGAAGUCCCGAUCAAACAAAUCAUGAUUGUGGGCAUCGACUGCUACCAUGACAACACUUCUGGGGGAAGAUCCAUUGGAGCUCUGGUUGCAAGCCUCAACCAGGGCAUGACUCGCUGGUUCUCGAGGACUGUGCUGCAGCGCAAAGGUCAAGAACUCAUGGACGGGCUGAAAAUGGCUUUGUGCGCUGCGCUGAAGCACUACCUGAAGGUCAACAAACAGCUGCCGGCACGGAUCUUCGUGUUCCGGGACGGCGUUGGAGACGGGCAGCUGCACAGUGUGGUCAACUACGAGAUCACGCAGAUCAUCGACUCCAUCAAGUCCAUUGGCCCCGACUACGAGCCGAGGCUGAGCGUGAUCGUGGUGAAGAAACGCAUCAACUGCAGGUUCUUCGCCUACCUGGACGGCAAAGUGACCAACCCUCCUCCGGGCACCGUGGUGGACACCGAGGUCACCCGCAGAGAGUGGUACGACUUCUACAUCGUGAGCCAGGCCACCCGCCUCGGCAGCGUGUCUCCCACACACUACAACGUGGUGUACGACACCAACGGGCUGAAGCCCGACUACAUGCAGCGGCUCACCUACAAGCUGUGCCACAUGUACUACAACUGGCAGGGGAUCAUCCGAGUGCCCGCUCCCUGCCAGUACGCCCACAAGCUGGCCUUCCUGGUGGGCCAGAGCAUCCACAGGGAACCCAACGUGAAGCUGGACGACUACCUGUUCUACCUGUAAAGAGGCGUGUUCA